GCGGGUCUCUCUUUCUCGAGGGCCCCGGAAGCACUUACGGCGGAAGUGGGCGAUGGAAGCGCCGCUCGGACAGAGGCGGAGGCGGAGUGCCUUAAACAUGGACACAGGAAACUGACAGUGCUCUUCUGUGCCCAACUCCAAAAACAUCAUUUUUGGUUGUUGUCAUUGGGCUCCAGUCAUGAUGCAGCAAGCUUUAGAACUUGCAUUGGAUCGUGCUGAAUAUAUCAUUGAAAGUGCACGCCAGAGGCCUCCCAAACGAAAAUAUUUAUCCAGUGGGAGAAAAUCUGUGUUUCAAAAAUUAUAUGAACUGUAUCUGGAAGAAUGCGAUAAAGAGCCUGAAAUAAAGAAGCUGAGGCGAAAUGUGAACUUGUUGGAGAAGCUGGUUUUGCAAGAGACAUUGUCAUGCCUAGUAGUGAACCUCUAUCCAGGAAACGAAGGUUAUUCGCUGAUGCUGAGAGGGAAGAAUGGGUCAGAUUCAGAAACCAUUCGGCUUCCUUAUGAAGAGGGAGAAUUGCUUGAAUAUUUGGAUGCAGAAGAGCUGCCUCCUAUUUUAGUUGAUCUCCUGGAAAAAUCACAGAUAAAUAUUUUCCAUUGUGGCUGCGUCAUAACAGAAAUACGUGACUAUAGACAAUCUGGUAAUCUCAAAUCUCCAACAUACCAAAGCAAGUACAUACUUCUGCGCCCAACAAUGCAGACCUUGAUUUGUGAUGUGCAUUCCAUUACAAGCGACAACCACAAAUGGACGCAGGAAGACAAACUCCUGCUAGAAAGCCAACUGAUACUGGCUACAGCAGAACCUCUGUGUUUGGAUCCUUCAAUUGCAGUCACUUGCACAGCAAACAGACUUCACUAUAACAAGCAGAAGAUGAAUACUCGCCCAAUGAAAAGGUGCUUCAAGAGAUACUCCAGGUCAUCUCUGAAUCGGCAGCAGGAGGUGUCUCACUGUACAACACCGCCGCAGCUCAGGUUGUUUGAUUAUUUGCAGAAAAGAAAGGAAAAGAAGGGAGCCCAGCAGUACGACCUCAAAAUUUCCAAAGCUGGAAAUUGUGUGGAUAUGUGGAAACAGAAUCCUUGCUAUUUGACGGCGCCGUCUGAAGUAGAUGUGGAAAAAUACGCCAAAGUGGAAAAAUCUAUCAAACCUGAUGACUCACAACCCAGUGUCUGGCCCGCUCAUGAAAUAAAAGAUGAUUAUGUCUUCGAAUGCGAAGUUGGCAGUCAUCUUCAGAAAACAAAACUGACCAUUUUUCAGUCGUUGGGAAAUCCAUUAUACUAUGGUAAAAUACAAAUGAUUAAAAAUGACGAAGACAAUGAGAGCUCAACAAUUCCAUCACAUUUUCUUAUUGGCUCAAAGACAGAGGCAGAAAGAGUAGUCAAUCAGUACCAGGAGCUAGUUCAAAACGAAGCUAAAUGCCCAGUGAAAAUGCUUCACAACUCCUGUGGAUCUGUCCAUCUAAGCCAGCUCUCUCCUGGGAAGGAAAUGGAACAGCCUGAGAGUGUGUCUGGCUAUAUUCAGUCUUCAGUGCUGGGGAAAGGUGUGAAGCAUCGACCACCUCCCAUCAAACUACCUUCAAGUUCAGGAAGUAGCUCUUCAGGUAACAUUUUUAGUUCACAGCAGUCAAGUGGCCACCUAAAAUCCCCAACUCCUCCUCCUCCCAAGCUUCCCAGUGUGUCUCGGAAGCAGUCUCUGGAUCUGAAUCAACUAAGCAUGCUUUCUCCAACCGCCAUGUCUCCUGCAAGCUCAUCACAAAGGUCUGGAACUCCUAAGCCAUCUACUCCUACUCCAACCAGCACCCCUUCAUCGACCCCACACCCUUCUGAGGCUCAGAGCUCAACUCUGAUUACCCAUUCUGCCUCCCCUACUCCCCACGAUUCAGGCUUCACCCCUCAGCCCACCUUGCUCCCCCCGUUCGCUCAGCAGCACAUGUCUCUGAGGCAGGCAUUGCCUGUAAUGACCAUUCCUCUUUCCACCAUGGUAACGUCCGUUACUACAGGAACCUCCUCCAACCAGGCCAUGGCAAACUCUGCAGGACUUAACUUCAUCAAUGUAGUGGGCUCUGUGUGUGGAGCGCAGACAUUGAUGAGCGGCUCAAACCCCAUGCUGGGGUGUAGUACUAGUGCAAUAACCCCUGCAGGCCUCAACCUAAGUGGCAUUUUACCAUCAGGAGGCCUGGUGCCAAGUGUGCUGCCUGCUGCAGUGCAACCCUCCUCACAGCCAGCAGGUGGCCCUUUUGGCUUAAAAAAUGCUCCAGGCCUUCGCCCUUUGAAUUUGCUACAGCUUCCAGGUGGCUCCCUGAUUUUCAAUCCCCUCCAGCAACAACAGCAGCAGCAGCUAUCCCAGUUUUCAUCACAGCAGCCUACAGCACCUAGUCCUCAACAGCAGGGAGAUCAGGGUUCUGAUCAAGCUUCCACGAAUCAAGACCAGACCUUAUCAGCUCAGCAGUCAACUGUCGUUAACCUGACUGGAGUAGGGAAUUUUAUGCAGCCUCAGGCAGCAGCAGCAGUUACGCUUCUUGCACCUUCAAAUGGUUAUGGCGGUGGCAGCAGCACAAGCACCUCAACUACGACACCAUCAUUCAGGCAGGCAGUCAAAAAACAAAGAGAAGCACCUCAGUGAUUCUGCAUUUGAGAUAGAAUGUAUAUUUAAAUUUAAAGGGGGGGGGUUAAAAUAGAAAAAUAUAGUUUUCUGGGGAAAUUGAAUGUUGAGAUUAUACUGAAGCAUGUAGGAUUGCAUUUGACAACAACAAAUCCUGAAGAACAAGAUUUAUUUCCCUAACAAAAAUUUGUAUUUUAUAAAAAGUCAUAAUAUUUUAAGAAGCAGUUUGCAGUAUUGUACAUAUUUCAAGGUGGACUGA